UUCGCACCUGGUACCGGAAGUGUCGAUGUUUUUGACCUUCCCUUUUAAGUCACGUUGGACACGAUCCGACGGGUGGCUGAACGGCGGACGUUCAUCCUCACCGGGAUAGAAUAUGAAAAUACUAAUCUUUUGACUGCUGUCGCCACACAGGUCGCUGCCGGAGGACACGCAGGGGAACAAUGGUGAAGUAUUUCUGCUGCGCCGGUUUGCUCCGAAGCAGCUGGGACCAAGUGUGCAUCGCUUUCUGGCAACGCUACCCCAACCCUUACAGCAACCAUGUUUUAACUGAGGACAUCAUUUUCCGGGAGGUUACUCCAACCAACUGCCUCAAAUCCAGACGACUGUUGACCAAAACGAGCCGAGCGCCUCGCUGGAUGGAGCGGUACCUUCCAAAGCACAUGGCCAGCUCGGCAUACAUCAUUGAGGACUCUAUUGUGGACCCUCUGAAAAAGACCAUGACCACGCUCACGUGGAACAUCAGCCACGUUCGCCUCAUGUCCGUGGAAGAGCGGUGUGAGUACCAGAUCAACCCCGACAACGGCGGCUGGACCGAGAUAAGAAGAGAAGCUUGGAUCUCUUCCAACAUCUAUGGGCUCUCCAGAGCCAUUCAGGAAUUUGGUCUUGCAAGAUUCAAGACCAGUGUUACAAAGACCAUGAAAGGCUUUGAAUACGUCCUUUCCAAAAUGCAAGGUGAAACUCCAUCAAGAACCUUAGCAGAAACCGCUACGGAGCGAGCUAGAGAGACAGCGCUGGCAGCUAAGGAGAAAGCCAAAGACCUCGCCUCACAGGCCCAGAAGAAACAAUUUGUGUGAUCAGCUGUACAGAUCCUCGACUAUGGCGCCGAUUUGUCUUUACCCUCUUAACCUCGUGAUUUGGAUGAACGGAUCCCGUAGCGAGGAAGCAGCGUACUGAAGUGGUUGGCUGGACUAAAGGAGGCCUGAGCUGGGCUCAAGCGGCUGUUUCCAGCCUCCUCGAAUAUGUUCUACCUUUCACUCGGGUUGUAACGGUGAAGUGCGGUACAAGGAUCGAAGUACCAUGUACAUUUGCUUUUCUACGGUAUUGAAAAAAACGGACAUAAGGCAGAGUUUGUGAGUUUUAAAGGGACAGACCGCAGUGCACCUGUAAAGGACGUUUAUUGUGAAUAAUCAUAGGAUGUUAUUUUACAGGCUUACAGCAUUUGUUUUUUUAAUGAAUAAUUUGUAAACUAACAUGCUAUGAGUGAUCAGGUUUCUAGUUAUGUUCAUUAAUUACAAUUCUGUUAUUUUCUUCCUUUAAGGGUCAUUGUAGCUGAUAUUAACAAUAAUAGUUAUAAUUCCGUGAUAUUUUCUAAGAAGGUUACUGCACCGGGAAAAUCUAAUACCGUUACAACCCUACAUUUGAUCCCAGAUCAUCUCCGUAGUACCCAUCGAUGGUGAUCUUAAAAGAAUGGUAGAACAUGGCUCGAGGUGCCAUAAAGUAUUGACAAAAACAAGAAUGAUACCACCUCUCAGACCUUUGCUCAACAUCUGUGCCCAUCAACGUUUACUUUUUCUCUGUUCUCUCCCGUAUGCCAUCUUAUUUUUUUAAAUUACCAAAAGCUUCUAAUUUAGAUGCUCAGAUUAGCUUUUUACGUAAUAUCUGAUUCAUGCAGAUUCAUGGUUGAUUUACUGAAGUUGACUGUUUAACCACAAACAUUUUGUCUUUUAGUUCAGUUCAACCACACCUUAAGCCUCCUACCAAGACUGAUUGCUUCAAGUUGAAGUGCAUUGACUGAAGAUUGGUACACACUGUGCACUAUUGAUAAUAAUAGCUGCUUGCAAUGGUCAUUACCUGAAUUGAAAAUAUGUAUACAAAGGCCAAAAUAAUUCUUUGUAUUUUACAUUCAGCGUAGAUGUGAUUACACAACACAUGCAACAAUGUGCUCUUAAUUAAGUGAUUUAAUAUCUUGUUAAUAAAUGAGCAUUUCCUGUAAUAAUUGUG